AUGCCGCUGCAACCCACCCUCCUCGCACUUGCAGUUUACCUCCCGGUCUCGGUCCUCAUCGUCGCCGUGUGUACCCUUGCAUGGGCCAGGCCGGGAAUCUUCAAACGACUUAGCCGGCAGCUGCAUGCUGGAAUUCAGAGCGCGGAGGUAGGGGUGUGUGAGCGGAUCAAGAGCUGGAUGGGCAUGGGAAUGAAGAAGAGGGUUGUCAUGGUCCCUAUGCACAAACACUUGUCCACAUCUACUUUCACGUCUCCCCCGGAAUCCAGUACUAUGUCAAUGACAACAGUCUACAUCCUCCGCACCCCUUUGUCACUCUUCCUCCCACGCCCAGAGCUUGUCAGAAUCGUCCAAUAUUCACCUUAUUCAGGGGAAUCCGCACCCCUCUCCCCAGCCCUUGCUGUAGAGCCAAGCUGGGUUUAG